AUGAAAAUCGGAAGGUGGGACUUUCUAUUUCAAGAAAAUUUUAUGUAUUAAUUUAUCCUUUUGAUAGUUGUAGGAGAACAAUACGAAAGUAGGAUUAAAAUUGGAAAUGGACAUUUCUUGAUUCACAAUGGAAUAGGCAAGUUUCCGAUGGAAUGAACAAUAAGUAAACUUCUAAAUUUCAGAGAAAAAGGAAAGGAUUAUAAUUUAAAUAAGUAAUAGAUAGUAUUUUGCUAAAAUACAACUUCCAACAUAGCUUUAUUAAGGUUCAAUCUCUUCCGUAUAAGUUUCCAUCAUCAAAUACAUCAUAUUGA